CAAAAUGCAACGAAACAUAAUUUUUGUUUAUCCUCCAAGCCGCGCCCUCCAAACGCGUCAUCCUCACUCCUACCCCUCCACCACACCACACCUCCACUUGCAUCGAUCGCAAACCACACAUACUCAGCCUCUCAAACACACACACACACACACACAGCCCCUCAAACACACACACAUACACUCAGCCCCUCAAACACACACACACACUAACACACUCACACUCACUCACUAACACACACAAUCACUCACUAACACACAGCCACAGAUUAUGGACUCGCCGUUUGCGUUUGACACUUCUAACCCGUUUGCUGCCGAGGAGAAAGAGGUGCCGCCGUUCGGUCUUGACAUGGUGAGCGGCGCAAGACGAACACGUCGUGACGAGGAUGUGGAUGUUGGUGUCACAUCAAGAAGAACAGCAGAUCCCACACACAGCAGCAGAGCGCAUGCUCCGCAAACGCACACAGCAGUACUGACAGUGCCGUCGCCUGGAAAGACAGAGAUUGAGAUUGAGGACAGCGAAGAGGACAUGCCGCAGCAGAGGCCGGGUCCAAGAACGCCGCUGGCAAAGGUGUAUGCGGAGAUUUGCACAUACCCGUGCAACGGCUGGCUCGAUUACAAGUACGACAGCGAGACGUUUCCCCCAACGUUGAAAGGCCACGUCACGUACAAGAAGUUCCAGAGCAUUGUGGAGCAGCUCAACACCAUUCGCAAGAAGUAUCGCUGCAACGGCACAGACUACGCUCUCCUCGGUGCGAGUGUGGGGCUUCUUCCCAUGAUCCCGUUUAUGAUGCGCAAAAAGUCUCGGGCGAUUGAGCGCCGCAAGGAGAUGAAGGCCGUCUUUGCGCAGUUUGAAUACGAACACGAGACCCUGCGCAUGCGCAUCGACAAAACCACGGGCAACCUCAUCAUCGAAACACACCCAUCGGUCCUCUACGGCUGACUCUUGCAAUAUGCUUGUCGUUGAGCCUGAAUGCCUCACGUCAUUGCCCAUGGGUUACCUGGAUUAUAUUCCACAUUGUUAUGUCACAUAUUAUGUCUCUCUCGCUUGCUUCCUCUUCCUCUCAUCAUCAUCAUCCUCAUCUCUGUGCUUCUGUGGAGUGCUUGCGACACAGAACCUCUCUGUUGUUGUCCCUCUCUUGUCCAACAAAGUCCUGCGUGGCCGUGGUUUUUUUUUUUUGCUGUCGUGCGCAACACACGUGUG